GUUAUUCCUGGCUUGCAGCAGGCGUGAUCAUGGCGGUGGCUUGUUAAAUAGCUUUCGUUUUUAAUUCUGUGUUCUCUCUUUCAGUCUUGCAUGUGUGUCGAUUGUGGUGUAGCUCUGGGUUUUUUUCAGAAUUAAUCGAAUCGUUGUUUAAGAUCGUGGCCUCAUAGCUACAUUCUUGGAAUUGUUGUUUCAGAUGCGGCAUUUCUAUUUCAUCUCGCCGGCAUAUCUGUUUCUUGCACCGGCUUUGAACCCGUCAGCUUUUUAAUUGCUCAACUUCUAAAAUCGGUUGCAUGUAGAUGAGCACAGCUGCGGCUUGAGCAAUUUUAUUUUCCGGUAUAGAAAUGAGGAGGAUUUAAAUCUGCACGUCGCUCUCCAUGCUGUAUACUACGGACAGAAAAAUGAGCGAUUCCGGCGCAAAGGGCAACCAAGCUCUGUCUUCGAAAGAUAAAGACGGGGCAGAGAAACGGGGGAGAGGGAGACCGAGGAAACAGCCUGAAGUAAAAGCUGUUGAAGAACCCAGUGGAGCGCCGACACCCAAGCGACCUCGCGGCCGGCCGAAGGGCAGCAAAAACAAGAGCACCUCCAAGAGCAGAAAAAUGGCAGCCGCUGCAAGGGGAAAGCCCAGAGGAAGACCUAAAAAAGCGGAGAAAGAGGAAGAGGAGGAACAGGGAUCCCACGAAUCUUCAGAGGAGGAUGAAGAGGAGCAGUAAGGCCAUCUUGACCACACUACCUCAUUACUCAACGUACUGACUUCCUGUCAGAGCUGGACUGAAACUCGAAAUCCAAACCUUGCGUCUCGCCGCCCUCCCUCUGUUGGAGCGCUCCUGUUGGCAUGGGAGCCGGACGCAUUUCACCCACCCGCUCGCUACCUGCUGCAGCACUGGAAAAAGACAUUGAUAUAAUAUAUACACUACAAACCGGGGUAUCUCUCGUUUUCAGAAGGGUUUUAGGUAUUGCUAACAGUGGUAUUUUAUACU